AUAGAAAGAAAGCAAAGACUCCGGGUACUUAUUUAUUAAAAAAAUAAAAUAUAUUGACUUCAAAUUAUUGAAAAAUCAAAUUAAUAUUUAUUUAGAAUGGCCAACAUUCUAAAUCAAAACUUUGAUUUACUCAAAGUCCUGUUCACGGAAUGUCUCCAGGCAAAAAACAAUCCAAAAGACUCGCGAGUUGAUUUGGAGGAAAAAAUCAAAACCGGCUCUUUGCUGUUUGUGUUGAUUAAAAAAGUUAAUCGGCUGGUAAAGUAUAAGGUGCGUUCUGGACGUGAGGAGCUGCAGGCCCAAAAGACCCUGGUGGAUGCCAAUCGUUUGCAUUUGCAGAAUCUGUUGUAUGAAGUGAAUUACCUGAAAAGGGAAAUAAAGCAAUGCUAUAAAUUCAAGAGUCAAGAUGAAGAUAUUGAUAUCUAUGAACCACCAGGAACUAAGGUUGCUUUGGCUGAUUCCGACAUGACACAUAAGGAGCGUAUAAAUCGUUUGGAACGGGAGCUGAACUUACGCAAACAAUUGUCCAAUGAUUGUAAAAAUCUGCUAAAUGAUAAGACAAAAGUUUUCCAUGAAAUUAUUAAUAAAAUGGAAAAUCUUUCAACGUUUGCUCCAUCGCUUAGGACACUGCUCAAAGCGACACGUCCCCUGCAAGAGGCGCUGCAGUUGCCAAUUGAGCAAAAAUGGACGUUGGAAAACAAGGUUCACAUGUUACAGCAUAAUUUAUAUAUGACUUAUGUGAAUUUAAGAGCCAUUGAAAUGCUGGAGGGUAGUAUUAAGGUCAGCGUGAAUGGCCAUGAAGAUGAAGUCCGGGAAUAUGAAGCUAAAAUAAAAUUGAAGUCUUCGGAAGAAUUGGAGCAAUCAUUCCUAACGAAACCCCAUCCUCUUUCAUUGCAAAUAAAGCUCAGUCAAGAAGAAACCUUGGAAGAUUUUGUGGUGGUGGAUAUCUAUUAUUUGCCUUUAUUGAUGAUUGCCACGGCCCACUGUGAGAUACGUUUAUGUGAAAAUAACACCAACUUAAUGGAGACAAAUUUGCUGCAAGACUUUUUAAAAUUUAUAAAUGAAGACGACUUGGGUGAAUCUUUGCCAUAUUCCGAAACAAGUUUAAAUUUACAGAAACACAACAUCAAAUUGGAAGACUUCAAGCAUAAUUUGGUUAAACACAAUUUGGGUUUACCCUACCAAUGGUUGCAAAAGAUGAUUGGAAACUCCUCGUUCAACAAUACCAAAUGUAAUGACAUGCAGAACCAAAAGCUCAAAGAUUUCACAUUAGAGUGUGUAAAACGUAUACGCAAUUACUUUCAAAUACGCCAUCAACUGAUAACUCAAAUACGAGCAUUUAUGAACAAGAAUAUUGAUGAAUACAUUGCUGGUGGUGGUGGUGGUGAAAAAGUCAACCAAGCAAAACCAAAUUGCACUCUGGUCCAGUGGUCGGCAGUGUCAUGGGAGGAAUAUGAAAGUUCACCGUCCACCCUACCAUUCGUUGCGGAAAGAAUUGUCGAUGAAUAUUGUAGUUUCUUUAGGGCUGUUAUUGUUUUGGGAUCGGCCAAAAUGGAAUGCCUUAUCAGUUUAUCCAAUAAAUAUCCCCUUAAUAUACCACUGUGGUCCAUAACUGUCCAUUGGAAUGGCCAUCAUAAUGCAUUAAAUAAUUCAGCCAUUAAGGUUAUGGAACACUACACGAAUGCAAUCAAAGAUUGCAAGCAGGGAAAUUUGUUGGCCUUGCAACUGUUGCGUACCAUGUAUAGCCUUGAUAUCUUCUUAGAAACGGAAGGCCCUCUUUAUCAACCUUUGGAAUAUAAUAAAGAGAAAAGUUUCAUCAAAUCAUUCGCCAAACGUAUACGCAUGCGACCGUUUAAGCGUAUUAACAAGGGUUCUGUGAACUAUUUUAAGCAAUAAAAAUGAAGUAAUUUUUUACCUAUAAAAUAAAAUCCAUGUUUUGGAAAUGGACAUACUUGAAA